UCGCUUACAGUGUUGUUUGAAGGAUAAUUUAAAAUUGUAACCAUGAAGAUUGUUACCUUUGCAUUACUAUCAUGUGUAGCUCUUGUGGCAUCGAAAGCAAUUAAAUUGGAACCAGUUCCAGCUGCCGACGACAAUGCUCCAAAGAACGACGACUGUGCAGCCGUAUGCUUAUGGUCCGGUGUUUACAAUUUUCCAAGUUUCCAAAACUGUAAUCGUUACAUCCACUGCGUUCACGGAUUCCAAUUCGAUUUGGAAUGUGGUGCUGGAGAACUCUUCGAUCAUAGAAGUCUAAGAUGUGUUCCAACGGCUAGUGGACGUUGUAUUUUGGAAGGUAUUCCAGAUUCAGAAGAAACGUCUGAGGAGACAUCCGAAGAAACAUCUGAAGAAACAUCCGAAGAAACAUCUGAAGAAACAUCCGAAGAAACAUCUGAAGAAACAUCCGAAGAAACAUCUGAAGAAACGUCUGAAGAAACAUCUGAAGAAACAUCUGAGGAGACAUCUGAAGAAACAUCUGAGGAGACAUCUGAAGAAACAUCUGAGGAGACAUCCGAAGAAACAUCUGAGGAGACAUCCGAAGAAACAUCCGAAGAAACAUCCGAAGAAACAUCUGAAGAAACAUCUGAGGAGACAUCUGAAGAAACAUCUGAGGAGACAUCUGAAGAGACAUCAGAGGAAACAUCUGAAGAGACAUCAGAGGAAACAUCUGAAGAGACAUCAGAGGAAACAUCUGAAGAGACAUCAGAGGAAACAUCUGAAGAGACAUCCGAAGAAACAUCCGAAGAAACAUCCGAAGAAACAUCUGAAGAAACAUCCGAAGAAACAUCUGAAGAAACAUCUGAAGAAACAUCCGAAGAAACAUCCGAAGAGACAUCCGAAGAAACAUCCGAAGAAACAUCUGAAGAGACAUCCGAAGAAACAUCCGAAGAAACUUCAGAGGAAACAUCAGAAGAAACUUCAGAGGAGACAUCUGAAGAAACAUCAGAAGAGGGAACAUCUGAAGAAACGUCAGAAGAGGGAACAUCAGAACAAAUAACUGAGGAAGUAUUAGAAUAA